AUGCUCCUCCCGUCUGCGCUACCAUGCGAUGCGUCGCACUCAGCUCACUCCCGACUUCAACACUCGCUCUUCUCUCCUCCCGCCAGCCCUCCAGCAUCCUCACACGGUUCCUUCGCCAACCUCAUGACCACUUGCCGCUCACUCCAAUCACUUCUAUCGAUGCCUACGCCCAUCGUUACCGACUCUCGCCCUGCUCCUUCUCACACUCAACUACCAACUCCACCACUCGCUCACGCCGCGCCUCCUCUGAAGUUGCGCCUGCGACCACGCCCUCAACGUCGCGAGCCAGUCGGACCCAAGAAGGUCACUAAGCGCGCCGCACCCCGCACUACCAACAAGAAACGUCGCGUUGCCGACGAAGAGAUGGACCGCUAUUCAUCAGCAAGCGAGUCUGGUAGCGAGUCCCCGUCGCGUUGCUCUCUGGAGCAAAUGGCACCCUCAACACCCAGACGUACGCGCAUUGCUCCCGAGCAAUUGCCGCUUGGUCUCGAUCGUUCUGACUUUCACAACAUGCACCUUCGACAAGGUGGUCACCUCAUCAACGAGGAGGACUCUGAUGAAGAGGACUGGAGUGCUGAGGACGAUCGCGUACUCAUUGAGAUUGUAUUGGAGAAGCUUAGGCUGUCCAAGGCAGAAUGGCAAGAUUGCGCCCGAAAUCUCGGCCGCGAUCGUCAUGCUGUCGACCGUCGUUGGAAGACACUAUUGCUCAAUGGCGACGUCGGUCUCAAGUCGCGACCAGGUCGUUAA